AUGAUUUCCAAAAGAAGACUGUCAAAAUCUGAAGAUAAAGAGAACCCAACAGAAGAUGCCUCUAAAGCGAGGAAGCCACAUCUUUCCAAAAGGACAAAGAAAUCUCAGGUUCAUAAUGAAAUUGAAGAAAAUGACAGCGUAUUUGUAGAGCUUCUUAAGACAUCAGGAAUUAUUCUUAAAACAGGAGAGAGUCAGAAUCAGCUAGCUGUGGAUCAGAUAGUUUUCCAAAAGAAGCUUUUUCAGAUCCUGAGGAAACAUCCUUCUUAUCCCCAAAUAAUAGAAGACUUUGUUAGUGGCCUGGAGUCUUACAUUGAGAACCAAGACUGUUUCAGGAACUGCCUUUUGUCUUGUGAACGUCUGCAAGAUGAGGAAGCCAGCAUAGGCACACCUUACUCUAAGAGCCUCAUCAAGCUGCUUCUGGGGAUUGAUAUGUUACAGCCUGCUGUUAUCAAAACUUUAUUUGAAAAGUUGCCAGAAUUUCUUUUUGAAAACAAGAACAGUGAUGGGAUCAGCAUGCCUCAACUCAUUAUCAAUCAGCUAAAAUGGCUGGACAGAAUUGUAGAUGGCAAGGAUCUCAUCACCAAGAUCAUGCAGCUGAUCAGUAUUGCUCCAGUGCCCCUGCAACAUGACUUCAUCACUAGCCUGCCUGAAAUCCUUGGGGAUUCCCAGCAUGCUGACGUGGGAAAAGAACUCAGUGACCUACUCCUGGAGAAUACUUUCCUCACUGUCCCGAUCCUGGAUGUUCUUUCCAGCCUUCAGCUCAACCCGAAGCUCCUGUCUAAGGUCUGCCAGUUGGUGAUGAAUAAGCUGUCAGCUGUCAAACUGGAAGAUUUACCUGUGAUAAUCAAGUUCAUUCUUCAUGCCAUAACAGCCACAGAUGCAGUCCAGGUAAUUUCUGAGCUUCGGGAGCAGUUGGAUCUGCAGCAUUGUAUUUUGGCAUCACAGCUGCAGCCUUCACAAAGCAAAUUGAAAAGUAAAGGACGAACAAGUUCUUUAGGAAAUCAAGAAAGCAGCGAUCAGGACUGUGUGCUUCUCCUCUUUGAUGUGAUAAAGUCAGCUGUUAGAUAUGAGAAAACCAUUUCAGAAUCAUGGAUUAAGGCAAUUGAAAACAUUUCCUCAGUGUCUGACCACAAGAUUUUUGACCUGGUGAUGCUGCUCAUCAUCUAUAGCACCAACACUCAGACAAAGAAGUACAUUGAAAGGGUGCUAAGAAACAAGAUUCGAUCAGGCUGCAUUCAAGAACAGCUGCUACGGAAUACAUUCUGUACUCAUUCUUUGGUUCUUAAGGAUGUUUGUCCAUCCAUUCUGUCACUGGCUCAGAGUUUGUUGCACUCCCCAGACCAGAGUGUAAAUUCUUUUGGUGGUCUCCUGUACAAAUAUGCAUUUAAGUUUUUUGAUGCUUACUGCCAGCAGGAGGUGGUUGGUGCCCUAGUGACUCAUAUCUGCAGUGGGAAUGACAGUGAAGUUGAUAUUGCGUUGGAUCUCCUGCUAGAGUUGGUAGUUCUAAACCUAGCUGCUAUGCGACUGAAUGCUGUUUUUGUGAAGGGCAUUUUAGAUUAUCUGGAUAAUUUAUCUCCUCAACAAAUACGGAAACUCUUCUAUAUUCUCAGCAUAUUGGCAUUUAGCAAAGAGCAGGAAGCCAGCAGUCACAUCCAGGAUGACAUACACAUGGUGAUACGAAAGCAGCUCUCUAGCACUGUAUUGAGGUACAAACUUAUUGGGAUUAUUGGAGCUGUCACCAUGGCUGGCAUCAUGGCAACAGACAGAAGUGGAUCUUCUAGUGUCACCCACAGGAAGGCAGACCUGAGCAAUGAAGAGUACACACAGGUGACCUCCUUGCUGCAAUUGGUUCACUCCUGCAGUGAGCAGUCUCCUCAGGCCUCUGCACUUUAUUAUGAUGAAUUUGCCAACCUGAUCCAAGGAGGAAAACUGGCUCCAAAAGCCCUGGAAUGGGCUGGGCAGACCAUUCUUAAUGAUUUCCAAGAUUCCUUUGUGGUGGACAUCUGUGUUAUUCCAGAAGGUGACUAUCCAUUUCCUGUGAAAACUCUCUAUGGACUGGAAGAAUACAGUAGUCAGGAUGGGAUCGUCAUCAACCUGCUGCCACUGUUGUUCUGUCAGGACUUUGCAAAAGAUGGGAGUGGAAUGAUGUCACACAAAUCAGGCCAAAAAUUGGUGUCUCCAUUGUGCCUGGCUCCCUACUUCCGACUGCUGAGACUGUGUGUGGAGAGACAACAUGAUGGAAACUUGGAGGAAAUUGACGGUUUACUAGAUUGCCCUUUAUUCCUCACUGACCUGGAACCUGGAGAGAAGCUGGAGUCCAUGUCUGUUAAAGAGCACUCAUUCAUGUGCUCACUUAUAUUUCUUACUCUCAACUGGUUCCGUGAGAUUGUGAAUGCCUUCUGCCAGCAAACAUCACCCGAGAUGAAGGGGAAGGUGCUCACCCGGUUAAAGCACAUUAUAGAACUACAAAGAAUCCUGGAAAAGUACUUGGCAAUCACCCCCGACUAUGUUCCUCCUCUUGCAAACUUUGACUUGGAAACUUUAGAUGCACCACCUCAUGCUAGUACUGCUGUUUCUGCAAAAAUCAGAACAAUAGGAAAGAAAAGAACAAAACGAAAAGCAGAUGGCAGCAAAACAUCCUGCCCUGACACACUUUCAAAGGAGGAUACUUUGGAAUGUGACCCUACACUAUCUGAUAGAAGCCAGCAGGAAAAGGAAUUCACAAAGAAAGAAGAAGAGAAGGCAUCGGUAUCGCUACAGAAUUAUGGUGCUUUUUUCCGAGAGCUGGACAUUGAGGUUUUCUCUAUUCUUCAUUGUGGGCUAGUGACCAAGUGCAUCUUAGAUACAGAAAUGCACACUGAAGCCACAGAAGUUGUACAGCUUGGACCCCCUGAGCUGCUUUUCCUGCUGGAAGAUCUGUCCCAGAAGCUGGAGAAUAUGCUGCUACCUGCUGCUAAGAGAGUCCCUUUCUUCAAGAGUAAAGGAAACUGGAAUAUUGGAUUCUCACAUCUCCGUCAGAGAUCUGCUCAAGAAAUUGCUCACUGUAUUGGUCAACUGCUGACCCCCAUGUGUAACCAUCUGGAGAACAUUCAUAACUAUUUUCAGUGCUUAGCUGGUGAGACUCAUGGUGUAGUUGAUGGACCAGGAAUGAAAAUUGAGGAAUACCAGAUAAUGUCUUCCUGCUAUCAGAGGCUACUGCAGAUUAUCUAUGGGCUGUUUGCAUGGAGUGGGUUUUUUCAACCUGAAAAUAAAAACUUACUAUACUCAGCCCUCGAGGUGCUUGCUAGUCGACUAAAACAGGGAGACCAUGACCAGCCCUUGGAAGAACUGCUCAGCCAGAGCUUCCAUUACUUGCAGAAUUUCCAUCACAGCAUUCCCAGUUUUCAAUGUGGUCUUUAUCUCAUCAGACUUUUGAUGGUCAUUUUGGAGAAAUCUGCAGCUCCUACUCAGAAAAGAGAAAAAAUUGCUUCCCUGGCUAGACAGUUCCUCUGCCGGGUAUGGCCAAGUGGGGAAAAGGGGAAGAGCAACACUUUCAAUGACCAGCUCCAUGCUUUGCUCUGCAUCUACCUGGAGCACACAGACAGUGUGCUGAAGGCCAUAGAGGAGAUUGCGGGUGUUGGUGUCCCAGAACUGAUCAACUCGCCUAAAGAUGCAUCUUCCUCCACAUUCCCUACACUGACCAGGCACACAUUUGUCAUUUUUUUUCGUGUGAUGAUGGCUGAGCUGGAGAAGACAGUGAAGGGUCUUCAAGCUGGCACAGCAGCAGACCCGCAGCAGAUUCAUCAGGAGAAGCUCCUCUACUGGAACAUGGCUGUUCGAGACUUCAGCAUCCUCCUCAACCUGAUAAAGGUGUUUGACAGUCGUCCUGUUCUGCAUGUAUGUUUGAAGUAUGGGCAUCUCUUUGUGGAAGCAUUUCUGAAGCAGUGUAUGCCGCUCCUAGACUUCAGUUUCAGAAAACACCGGGAAGAUGUUCUGAGCUUAUUGGAAACCUUCCAGUUGGACACUAGGCUGCUUCAUCAUCUGUGUGGACAUUCCAAGAUUCACCAGGACAUGGGACUCACCAAACAUGUGCCUUUGCUCAAAAAGACCCUAGAGUUGUUGGUUUACAGAGUGGAAGCCAUGCUUAUCCUCAACAAUUGCCAGGAGGCUUUCUGGCUGGGCAAUCUCAAAAACCGGGACUUGCAGGGUGAAGAAAUUAUGUCCCAGAAUUCCCAGGAGAGCAUAGCAAAUGAGAGUGAGGAUGACACAUCAUCCCAGGUCUCCAAGGGCAAAGCAAAGGAGGAUGAAGAAGAUGAAGGAAGUGGUGAAGGAAAAGAGCAAGAUAGUGAUGAGAGUGAUGAGUCUGAUUAG